AUGUCACCUCUCACAUUGACCGGUAAUUUCUCCUCGCCCAAGACUGUUACAGUUUACGGAGCCACUGGCAAUCAAGGCGGCUCCGUCGUCCGUUCGCUGGUUCAAAACAAGUCCUUUAAUGUAAUCGCCAUUACGCGAAAUACUUCCUCCAAAGCCGCAGAAGAUCUGCGCUCGUUAGGAGUCAAGCUCGUCAGGGCCGAUGGGUGGAAGAAAGAAGAGAUUGCUAGGGCUUUUGCCGGCUCCUGGGCUGCAUUUGUGAAUACUAAUUCCGACGACCCGGGUCCUACCGAGUUCGAUCUUGGGAAAGUAAUCAUUGACGGCAUUGUCGAAGCCGGCACCGUGAAACAUCUAGUCUACAGCUCAUCAAUCUCCACGUUUGCCUUCAGCGAUGGGAAGGUUUACACCCAAGCAGCUGAAAUGAAAUCGAAGAUCGAAAAUUAUGCUAGAGACAUUGGGGGCUUUGAGACAGUAUGUUCCGUAUAUCCAGGAUUUUUUAUGGAAUUUUUCUCUAGCAGAGAGAUGGCUGUGCUGAGUGGAGGGUUUCCUUUCUUCCCUGAUGAAGAUGGGGUUUUGACUUUAAGGCUUCCUCAAUGGGGCUCUGAGUGCCACAGACCUAUUCCUUGGAUUGCCGUGAAAGAGGACUUUGGAGAUAUUGUUCACGGAAUACUACUGGAGCCAAAGAAGUAUAACAAGAAGCCAGUCCAGGCAUUCAGCGAUCCUAGGACAUUCGCAGAGGCGACGAUUGCUUUCCAAUCCGUGUUUCCCAAAAAGAGGGCCAGAUAUAUUCCGCAAAGGUCUUGGGAAGAUUUCGGGGCUGGCAUUCCUGGUACGGAAGAAAUAAGGUCCUUAUUCCAGUUUGGCCAGGUAUGUGAUGCGAAAUACUUUGGGGAAGAGCCCAUGCGGGUGGAUGUUCCAGCGCAUCUCAAAGCUCAGGCGUCAAAGGCGAUGGGAAAGGGUUUUCAGAGCCAACAGCUACUUCAACUUGAGGAUUGGUUUUCGAAUAACCUUCAGCAUGAAGUAAAUUGA